AUAGAUAUAACAAAGAGUGCCGUGAAUAAGAAGAAUCUCAGAAAAAUAGGAACAAAAGUAUCUCAAGUUUCAAUUGAAAACCCUCAACUCUCUAUAGUUGAAGCCACACUCACCACCACUUUGCGUUCCAAUUUGCAUCCUCUUCCUCAUCUUUCUGUUUGACCGAUCGUUCGUGACUGCAACCAAUGGAAGGUGCUGGGUCCUAUAACGAUUGGGGGUAUUACUCACCACCACAACCCCAUUCAACGCUAUCGCCGUAUGCGGCGGCGUUUAGCGUUAAUCGCCCCCCUUUCAACGACGUCUCCGCCCCGUUUGUCGAUUCUGAUGAACCCGCAUACGGCGUGCCACCAAACCCGGUUCACUACCCUGUUCACCCUCGAUCUUAUGGGUAUGAUUUCUUCCCUGAAUCGGAUAGUGUUUCAAAGCCAUAUGGAUAUUCAGGGUUGGCUUCUGAGGAUUCGUUUUGGUAUGAUCAAUGGCCUCCUACUAGCUCAAAACCAAGUCUUGCUGAACCCCAACCUUGCUUCCCUGAUCUUAAUUCUAUGGGUUUGGCUUCUGAGGAUUCGUUUGGUUAUGAACAAUGGCUUUCUGCUAGCUCAAAGCCAAGUCUCGGUGAAGCACAACCGUAUUUUCCUUCGUAUAUUCCUUCCACUAUUCCUAGCCCGACUUCUUCGGUGGCGGCUCCGAUUCAUUGGUCUUCCUCUUCUGGGUUUGCCCCCUUGGAUGUUGUUCCCUCUUUUGGUGAUUAUGCUGCUGAGAAUUCAUCUGAGUUCGGAUUUUCUGGUCUAGGCGCUGGCUCGUGGAAUCAGUUUUCAGGUUUCGACCAUGGUAAGGGUAAACAGGUGGGAGCUGAGAGCAGUUUGUCCUCAAAGCAAACAAGUUUAGUAGCUGCUGAAGAAAGGAUGAACCAAGGAUUUCAAGAUAUGAAAGUCUCUAACAAUGGUGUGGCCCACAUGGUUGAUGGGGAGAAACACGGGACGCCUAUAAAUGCAGAUCACUCAGUUGAUAAAUCUCCCCUGUGGGGAACUAUCAAACGGCCUCAAAUUUCAGGUACAUCUGUUAAGCAGUCCCCUCUUGUUCCUCUGGAAAUUCAUGUUCCGGCUCCUUUGGAAUCAGUUGCAGGUAAUGAUGUGGCCCACAUGAUUGAUGGGGAGAAACACGGUAUGCCUAUAAAUGCAGAUCAGUCAGUUGAUAAAUCUUGCCCUUGGGGAACUAUCAAACGGCCAGUUCAAGUUUCAGAUGCAUCUACUAUGCAGUCCCCUCUGGUGCCUCUGGCAAUUCAUGUUCCGGCUCCUUCAAAAUCAUUUGCAGAUACAGGGGCACAUCACUUGUCAUAUACUGGUCCAUAUGACAAGCGCCCAAGCCCGCAAGGUAAACCAAUAAGAGUUAAGACAUUUCUCUCAGAACCUAUACCAGGGUUAGCUACAGAUUUGAACAUUGGAAAUAAUGAUAUAAAGAGAACUGCUGGUUACUUUGAUUUAGGUCAUCUCGGCAUGCAUCUGGAGACAAUUGAACCUUCCUCAUCAAACAAUGCCUUGAUUUCAGACAAAAAUGUUUCAAGGGAUGUUAAGGAUUAUGAUAUAUUUAAAGGAAGGCGUGAAUUUCAAAAUCCUUAUCUAAGUCUAGAUAAUUUAUGCUCGAGACUUAGUGCUGUUGAGGAUGUCAAUUCUGGUGAGAAAUCUUUUGAGGGUGGUGAUCAAUGUAAUCCUGCUGUAGACUCACCUUGCUGGAAGGGAGCUCCUGCUGAUCACAUUUCUCAUUAUGAAUCCUGUGAGGUUCUGCCUCCAGAACAAGUCCACAAAAAGGAGAAGCCUCUGAAUUUUCCGCUUGAUACAGAAAGUGGUGUGAAAAGGUCACCUGAACAUUCAAAUAGCUAUCAGAUGUACUCUGAAAAUGUUAAUCUGGAAACAAGAUCAUCAGGUUCUCCGUUGAAAUGUUCAUUGACAAAGUUUGCAUCCAAAGAUUGCAAGUCAGAUGGUGCAGUGAGUGCUGGACCUUUUCUGUCUGAGCCAAGCUGUAAUUGUAGGCUUCAAUAUCUUGAUGAUAUUACCCAAACGAAGGAAAAUGGAAUCCCACCAAUCAAGCCAACUGGCUGUGAGUCAGGAUCUUCUUUCACUGAGCAUCAAGUUUUUGUGAACGACAAAUCGAUGUCUCAGAACCAGCAUACUCUAUGCAUAGGGGGUGCGGAUGCUGGGUGCAAUGUGACUAAAUGCUUGGAAUCUUUUACAUCUCAUACUGCAGAACAUGCCAAAUCACCUUCUUCAGCAGUAGAUGCACCUGCUACCCCUGAAAAUUCAGUUGGAAAAGUUUCAACUGAGAAAUUAAAUGUUCAACUGCUGGUUGAUACAUUGCAAAAUAUGUCAGAAUUGCUUCUUUAUCAUUGUUCAUAUGAUGGCUGUGAAUUGAAAGAGCGAGAUUGCAAUAUCCUUAAAAAAGUGAUUGGUAAUCUCAGUACAUGUGCUUUAAAGAAUGCUGAAGAAAUUACCACAGCUCCAGAAUGCCUCUUCCAUCAGCCAGAAAAUUCUAGAUGUACUGGAGGGCCAUGUGAGCUUCAACAGAAUACAAGUUUCAAGAGGCCCCAAUUAACCAAGAUUGAGCAAGAGAUCUCUGAAAUCAAGCUUGAGAAUCAGUUUGAAGAGGCAAACCAGCAUUUCAGUUCUGAAAGACCACAUUGGAAGCUUCCAGUUUGCAUGUCCCCUAGGUUUGAUGCUGAAACAACAAAGGCAGAUAGCAUGACUAAGGAUCUAAAGAGGAUUCUUAGUGAGAAUUUCCAUGAUGAAGAAGAAGACUCUCAAACUGACUUAUAUAAGAAUCUAUGGCUCGAAGCUGAAGCUGCACUAUGUUCUGUGUCUUACAGAGCUCGCUAUAAUCAAAUGAAGAUUGAAAUGGAGAAACGGUCAUACAACCAAAGAGACAUGGAGGAGCAAUCAAAAGCUGAGGUUAUACCUAGUUCAAGCAAAAGUCAGAGUUCUGCAACCGAAGUGCACAAUUAUCCAAACCCUGGUUCUCCUGCCCAGGAUUUGCCUGUCUUACAUGAUACCAAUCCAAAGGAAUUAUCUCCUUUGAAAAUUUCUAAAGAUAUGAACAAGGAUACUACUCCAUUGACACCUGAUGGAACGGGUAGUGAAGACCUGAUUAGUUUCAUCCAGAAUUAUAUUUCCGGAACAAACAACGUGGCUGAAAAUGAAGAGUCUUCUGUUAUGGCCAGAUACUAUGUGCUCAAAGCCCGGGCUGACAAUCCAUGCGUGGAUACUGCCAAUCUGGAGGAACCAUCAGACUCAGCAGGCAAGUUGUCACCUGAAGGAGGAGAUAAUCAAAACCAAGUCAAUUGCGGGACUUUCUGUCAGGACUCUCCUGUUCCUGCAGAAAACAAGGCUGAUGAUUACGAGGCAUCUGUUGUGGCUAGGUUCCACAUUCUCAAGUCCCGGGCGGAAGAUUCAAGCUCUGUAUCUUCACAAGAGAAAUUGUCAGAUGGUGUUGGAUUUUCUGGCAAAAGAAUGUAUGACUCAUCAAUUUCAGAAAAUGCUUCAGAGGGUAAGAGGAUGAAUGUUGAUCUCAACAGUUCCUACGCUGCUGUGGACAAGUCAAUCUCGAACGAGUUUCAUGUGGACCUGGAGGACAAUGAUGAAGUUCAGCCCCGCGAGCUUCAGGUUCCUACUUAUUACUCGGAUGGAUUAGCAUCGGAUUGGGAACAUGUGUAGAAGAAGAGCUGUUCGAGGUUGGAUUAUAUGACCUGAAUAUAUGUUUAUGGGUCAGACUUAUUUAUUAUCUCUGACUUACAUAUUGCUGAAUUUGGUCCUAACUCCUGCAUAUAAAUCUCUCAGUACUUAGUAUUUAUAUUACUUUGUUUGUUUUUGUUUCUCAAAUCUAUAUUAUGUCAUUAUGUGUGCUUAGUCAA